AUGGCUUCUGUCGCAGAAGCUCGCCGGAGCCCGUUCUCUGGCGACCACAACCCGAACAUGCACAGGUCGAUUCCCAUCCUACCCUCUUCCAGCUCCUCGCUAGCACCUCCGCGAGACCCAAUGGACAUCACGCCGUCCUCAACCUCGGCCAUGGGCCCACCCAGCCUGAUUGCGCCAAGUAUAGAUCGACAACACCUCACGCCGACACACCAGACACACGCGCAGAGUCAAUUAGCGAACGGCGAUUCAGACAACAACACGCCCAACGGCAAUGGCAGUUCUGCGCCCGCGGUGGGCGCUGCAGCAGCCGCACAGCAACCCAAGGUGGUUCAGACGGCAUUCAUACACAAACUCUACAACAUGCUCGAAGACCAAAGCAUCCAGCAUCUCAUUUCUUGGUCUAGCACAAAUGAAAGCUUCGUCAUGUCUCCUUCCAGCGAGUUCUCAAAAGUCCUGUCUUCAUAUUUCAAGCACACCAACAUCUCAUCUUUCGUGCGACAAUUGAACAUGUACGGUUUUCAUAAAGUGAGCGACGUAUUCCACACUGGAUCGCCAGACUCACCUCUCUGGGAGUUCAAGCACGGAAAUGGGAACUUCAAGCGCGGCGAUCUUGUAGGCUUGCGUGAGAUCAAACGACGAGCCUCGAGGCACGCGCUCAUACACCGAGACUCUUUCUCCACCCCUAAGAUUCCCAUCGGGUUACCUCCUACACAGCCUGUCGAGCAGCAGAUGCCGGAUCCUGUCGAGUCGCGGCUGAAUGCUUUGGAGUAUAAUUUGCACAACAUGCAUUCGCAGAUUCAGCGAUCAGAAGAUACGUGCGCUUAUCUCAGUCAGAAAGCAGCGGUCUUAAUGGAAGGCAUGAUGCGCUGCCAUCAGUGGAACCAGGAGUUGACUCAUCACAUCAUGGACCUAGUGCCAGAUCCAGAGCACUCUGUGCACAAAAACAUCGCAGUGAUGCAACGAGACAUCAGCCGAUACACCGAUAUGCUACGCACACUAGAUCAACCGGAGGAGCCGUCCUCAGCACGGCAACCGUACUUCAUGCAAGUGGACAACAACGGUCCACCCCUCUCACCACGCGCAAUGCCUCAUGAUCAAUAUCCAGAUUCUCGGCGAGGAUCAUUGGCUGGCCUUCCACGACAGACGCCGGUGAAGCCUCCAGUUCCAGCGCAUCUUGCAAUCUCACCACGUCGAUAUGGCUCGAUUGGCACAGGGAACUACUCCCCAUCAUCAGCCAGACCGCCAGCUGCACAUCAGCCGCCUCCACCUCCUCCGCCUCCUCCGCCUUCAAUCCAAGCGCCAGGAGGAAAUGGAGGGAAUAACAUGGGAAGCGGCGCAUCGCCUCCUUACAACCACUUCCAGCGACGACACACUUCUGCUGACAUCCGCACCGUUGGCUGGCAACCACAGCCCCCACCCACACAUUCGCCAUACGCAUCUGGCCACAACUCUACACAAUGGCCUUCUUCACCACAUAGAGCACCGAUUGGUGGUGGCGACGAGCAACUUCGCAACGCUCUAGAAUCAUAUCAGCUUCCUCGAGGCCCUCGUGGGCGGACAUCGAGGCAGGGCACACCACCAGAUGGCCCUCCAUCGUCACUGAACCCAGACAGUGGUUGGACUCUUCCUGGAGCCCGAUACCCGUUUAAAGGCUUCGAUACACCUGGCCCGCCAACACGUCGUUCCAGCAUGGCAUCAAAUGUGCAUUCUCUUCUUAACCCUGCCGAGACAGCUGAGCGAGCAGACGAAGAUGAGCCCGAGGACCCUAGGAAGCGGAAGAGGAUGCAGUAA